CCUGAGAAUGCCUGCAACCCCCACAAAAUGUCCGAAACUAGUGGAAUCUAACGAUUUUAGCUUCGACUAACGCGAAUAUUUCGGAAAGACGCCAAAUCUUCGGUUAAACUCCAGCGAUAAGAUUAGAGGUUCGAUACCUUUUAUCGAUAGGGGAUAAGGAUAUCAACUUUUUGGCCUCACUUUUGAAUAUGAGGGGCAAAUACGUAUAGGAGGACAAUCUUCGAACCUUGAAACAUCAACCCUUUUGAAGUAGUCACAUGUCUACGUUAUUAUCGCGAACGUGCUAAGUACAGGACAGAAGGGAAAGGUGACAACAUUUCACCAUGUCGUCAAAUACAUCUGGCACGACAAUAAAUACGAAGCAGUCCAAGAUAUCAGGCUGGUUAGCUAUACCGGCUCCGCUUGCUCGAUUAUUCAAGAAAUUUCCUCUCUUGACGUAUCCCCCAAACGAGCUCCCAGCUCGCUCACCUAGCGCUAGAGAUGUACCGACUCUAUAUGUCUUCAUAUCAGACCGAGAUGCCCUAUAUGGCUUACCAAGCUUCAACCCGAAUUGUCUAAAGUGGCAGACUUUUCUCAAGCUGGCAGGAGUCGCUUUCCGCGUAACAUCCUCAACAAAUCACGCCUCACCUACCGGCGCAUUACCAUUCCUCCUCCCACCAUCAAGUCCAAAGCCCAUACCCACCAGCCAAUUUGAGGAGUACGCCGCGGAAAAUGGCAUCACAAAGAUCUUAGACGCCCCGUCCUUGAGGGUUGAGGCUUACGAAUCGCUCCUCGACGACCGAAUACGCAACGCCUGGCUCUACGCACUAUACUUGUCGCGACCGAACACAGCGCUGCUAUCGCGCCUCUACAUCACUCCCGUUUCUGCGUCGCUGGUCGUACGGAAGACUACACUGUACAACCUGCGAAACGCGGCGGAGGCCGAUAUCUUACGAUCGCUAGGCACACCGGUCGUGAACGCCGGGACCUUAUACGAGGGCGCUCGAGACGCCUUCGAGGCCCUGUCUGUGCUGCUGGGCGAUGACGACUGGUUCUUCGGGAUGGUUCGACCGGGCUUAUUCGAUGCGAAGGUGUUUUCUUACACGCACCUACUCCUUGAUGAGAGGCUUGUGUGGGAAGACUGGACGCUUACAGAGAUCCUGAUGGAGUUCCCGAAUCUGGUCGCGCACCGGGAUAGGAUAUUCGAGAGUUGUUGGUGAUGGGGGAUAGACGCAUAUCGCAAACAGAUCACAACACUUUGGAUGGGCCAUGACGUGAAUUAUAAAGGUAAUCUACUCUGGACAGACAGCUAGGCGUCUGCUUGCUCCGAUACGCGCACGAGCUCAUGAGGUAUGUAUAUGCAAUCAAGGUAGACCUAUACCCCCUUUAGACAGUGUAUAUCACAUUGUCCUGGUUUCAACAUAUAUCAAAUAGAAUGGUAUAUGUCGAUAUAAAUCCAGAGGACAUCUCCUACGUCUACCAAGGCCUGUUCUAAUAGGCCACUUUCGAAACCAAAAACAAUGACAAAAAGAAGAAACACUUUCAAGGCCCAGCUUAGGUAUUGUUGAUCGGCUCCUAGCUACUGCGCCCCCGCUAUUGGGUAUUUCUUUGCCUCUCCAUUUCAGGCCCCAGAGACUUUACACAGCAGUCUCUGAGAAUCGAACCCUGGACCUUCCCCAUUUCAGGGGCGUCUUUAAAGGGGGUAGGAUGAGGUGUCUGAGGCACAUAACCACCUAGACCAUUGCCAGCAAGGCCGUUGAUCUAAUGCCGCCGAUAGAUGUCUACGACUCUAUUCUACUAUUUAACUUUCACUUUUGUGGUUAAAUCGUUGCCCAGAUACCCCCUUCGCUUUUUCCGUAAUUCGUUGGUCGAAAUUACAUGAGCUUAGAGCACACGCAUAGUGUACGAAUGAACAAUAUUCGGGUAGUACUAUUCGCGGGCACGAGACAUGCAGAUAAA